AUGCUCCUCCUACCAACCCUCCUCCUAACCACCACCACCACCACCACAACCGCCCUCCCCAUCUCAAACUCCUGCACCCCAACCAACCUCCUCCAAAACCCCUCCUUCGAAUCCAACCCGCAGGACCUGUCCCCCUGGCUCUCCCUAGCCACCGGCUCCUUCUCCUCACGCAGUCUCACACGCGACAACCCCGGGGGCCACAACAGCGCAACCGCGUACCUCGCCUCAUGCAACAGCAGUGCAGACAUCUUAUCUACGCUUACGCUGUCGCAGUCGUAUAUUGAGGUGGAGGUUGGAAAGGCGGUGGAGUGUUAUGCGUGGGUUAGGGCGGCAAGGGGAGGCAAGGCGAAGGCGAGGGUUGAGGUUUUUCUUGAUGGGGGGAGUUGUGGGGGUGGGGUUGAGGUCGGGGAGGGAGAGGAGGAGUGGGUGAGGAUUGGGGGGAGGGUGGUUGUGCAGGAUGUGGGGGCGGGUGGUGUGGGACAUACGGUUGCGGUUACGGUACAGGGGUAUGGGGCUGAGGGGGAUGGAGGAUGGAGUGUUGCGAUUGAUGAUGUUGGGGUUGUUGUUGGAUGUUGA